CAACACUUCUGCAUUUGCUUCUUUACCCCUCUUCGUAACUUACCGCAGCCCAUGGCCGACCUACGACGAACCCGGUCUGGUAAUUCUGCGAGAUCGCGGUCGCGGUCGCGAUCAAGUCAAACCAGCAAUCCACCGUUGCAUCGCUUGCUUUCCAGCCAGUUCCCCGAUGAUGUCUCGGUUUAUCACCAGGAAGAUGGAGAAGGCGUCUAUGUGGACGAGGAUGCAGCGUCGAUACACCAGUCGGAAACAGAAAGGCGGAUGACCCAGAGCGACGGCUUUAGCUUUUCCGAAACCGAGUCUGCGGAAAAGGCCGAGCCUGAGCGGAUACACACUCUCACCGGAGAAGACACGAUAGAAGAGACCGCAGAAGAUACAACCGCCGAACAAGACAUCGAAGCACGGGCCGUGGCGUUAGAAAAGACAAAAUCCGCCAGAUCUACUAGAGAUCCGAAUCUGAUAACGUGGGAAGGCGAUGACGAUCCAAAGAAUCCCAAGAACUGGUCAUUCCGAAGGAAGUGGGCAGCCUGUCUUAUCGUAUCCUGCUUCACUUUCGUGUCUCCUGUGUCGUCGUCGAUCAUUUCACCCGCGCUGCCCAACAUCAGUGAGGAAUUCGGCAUCACUGAUGAAGUCCAAGGACAGCUUACACUCUCAAUAUUCGUGUUAGCGUACGCGAUCGGUCCUCUCUUUCUUGGGCCCCUCUCCGAGAUAUACGGUCGAGUGCUCGUCCUUCAGCUUUCCAACUUGUUUUAUCUUGCGUGGAACCUUGGAUGUGGCUUUGCACAAUCUUCUGGCCAGCUGAUGGCGUUUCGUUUCAUGAGUGGAUUGGGCGGCUCAGCACCGUUGGCUAUUGGUGGAGGAAUGCUCAGUGAUCUGUUUCACGCGGAACAGCGAGGCAAGGCGAUUUCUAUCUAUUCGCUUGCGCCUCUUCUAGGUCCUGCGAUAGGACCCAUCGCGGGAGGGUAUAUUGUCGCAGGUACAACGUGGCGAUGGUGCUUUUGGUCGACAUCCAUUUUCUGUGCAGUCGUGCAGUGUUUUGGAUAUUUCCUAUUACAGGAAACCUAUGCACCCAAGCUGCUGGCCUGGAAGCGUGAUGAACUCCGGAAAGAGACUGGCAACGCAGCUCUUCACACCGAACACGAUAGCGCCGAGAAAACCCUGGUCAAUACCCUCCGCAUUGCACUAAAGCGACCCUUCGUCUUGCUAUUCACUCAACCCAUCGUACAAGUCCUUGCUUGUUACAUGGCGUACAUCUAUGGCCUCAUGUAUCUCAUCCUAUCCACCUUCCCCGUACUCUGGACAACCCGAUAUCACCAAUCCUCAGGCACAGGGGCCCUAAACUUCAUCGCCAUGGGCCUUGGUUUCUUCAUCGGCUCGCAAACCUGCGCCCCGCUAAUGGACCGCAUCUACAGCCGCCUCAAACGCCGCAACAACGGCGUCGGCAAGCCAGAAUUCCGCGUCCCCAUGAUGGUCCCCGGAUCCUUCCUCGUACCCAUUGGGCUCUUCUGGUAUGGGUGGAGUGCGCAAACAACCGCACACUGGAUCCUGCCAGAUAUCGGCGCGGUCGUGUUUUGUACCGGCAGCAUCGUCGGGUUCCAGUGCAUCCAGACGUAUAUCGUCGACGCCUAUACGCGGUAUGCUGCGAGCGCGAUUGCGGCGGCCACCGUGCUAAGGAGCUUGGCUGGGUUCGCGUUUCCGCUUUUCGCGCCUUAUAUGUACCAGAAGCUGGAUUAUGGGUGGGGGAAUAGUCUGCUUGGCUUCGUUUCGUUGGCGUUGGGCAUCCCGGCGCCCAUCUUGCUGUGGAAAUAUGGAGCGGUUCUGAGGGCGAAGAGUAAGUUUGCUGCGGGAGGCUGA